UUGGCUACUAUCAACUAGUACAACAAAAGAGGGACCAUAUAUGUCUACAUACAAAAGUAAUUGAUUAUCAUAGACAGUUUCUCCAAGCAACCCACAUUUUUAAUCUCUGAUUAAGCAUAUAAGGAUGUGGCGUGGUGGUUAAUGACGUGGUUUGAGUAUCAUGAGGUGUCAGAUUCAACUUACGGCGAAGAUAAAAUACUAGGUGAUUUCUUUCUUAUCUGUUUUAGCCUUGGUGGAUAGAGGGGAGGUGACACGUAUCCCAUGGAAUUACUUGACGUGCGUGCAAGCUGUCUAGAUGAUUAUUUUAUGAAAUGGAUAAUCGUAGCCAUUUUUUUGGAGCAACCAAAGUUUUAUAAUCUCUGAUUAAGGUAUGAUUUUGAUUAAUAACUUUAGAUUUAGAUGCAAAAUAAGUUGCCCGUACUCUUCAAAAGUGUAUAUUGUAUGUUGGAUUCUCCAAAAAUAGUAUAUUUUUUUGGAGAAUCUGACACAGGUGCGGCAUCGAAAGUGAAGAGUCUGCGCAACUUAGGAAUUCCACAUAGCGUGUCGCAAAUGGCUACGUUCAAGGCAUUUUUGAACAGUCCUGUUGGCCCGAAAACAACUCAUUUUUGGGGUCCUGUAGCUAACUGGGGAAUUAUCACUGCUGGAAUAUUAGACACACAAAAGCCCCCGGAUGUGAUAUCAGGCAACAUGACGUCAGUUAUGUGCGUGUAUUCUGCACUGUUCAUGAGAUUUGCGUGGAUGGUGAAGCCUCGGAAUUAUUUCCUUUUGGUAACUCAUGCCUCGAAUGAGACAGUGCAACUUUAUCAGCUAUCGCGUUGGGCAAAAGCUCAAGGAUAUCUGAAGCAAAAUCCAGACAAAGCAGCGUGAUCUAGCGUUCGUUCCUGUUUUAUUAUUCCGAUCGGCCAAGAGCUGAUCAAGUGAAAAUUGUAGAGAAUGAUCAGUCAUGUUUAUAAGAUUUGACACAAUAAAGAUAGCAUAAAUUUGAAUGCCCA